CUUUUACGCGCUUAACUUCCGGUACACUUCCGCAAAGAGACCGUUUUAUUCACAGGACACAGUAUUUCAAUACCCCCUGACAGCAGCAGUUCCACAGUGUGAAGUUUCUCCGGAUUCAGGAGCUGAUAUUGGGGGAGUGGAUCAUGGCGGCGGAGACGUUACGGGUGUGUCGGCGUCACUUCGCUCUGCUGCAGAAAUAUUCGAAUCUCACAAACACUCGAAUGCUGCUGUACAAAUCCUUCAGCACACAGAGGAGUGGGCGGAGUCUUCGACCCCUGAGGAAGCUGCUGAUUGGUGUGUCAGUGGGUGUUCCUGCGGUGGUGGGCGUGCACUACGCUCGCUCCGACCCCAGAGACAGGAGGAAGAUGAGGAUCUUGUUAGAGGGAACAGGACGCUUCUGCAGAUCUCUGUAUGUCGGACUGCUGAUCUCGGUGGAUUAUUGGUGGACGUCCAACGUGGUUCUGCGUGGCGUUGAUGAAGAAAGGACCGAAUUCGCGGCUGCCAUGUCGGCGUGUCACCAGCGGGCGGCAGACAGCAUAGUGGAGGGAGCAGUGAGGAACGGUGGAGUGUACAUUAAAUUGGGACAGGGCCUGUGCUCGUUUAACCACCUGCUCCCUCCGGAGUACAUCCACACGCUGCAGGUCCUGGAGGAUAAAGCGCUGAACCGCCGCUACAAAGAGGUAGACGCUUUAUUCCUGGAGGACUUCAACUCUACGCCCGAUCAACUCUUUAAGACGUUUGAGUACGAGCCCGUAGCAGCUGCUAGUUUAGCGCAGGUGCACAAGGCAGAGCUGCAUGACGGGACCCCUGUGGCUGUAAAGGUGCAGUAUAUAGACCUCCGAGAUCGCUUCGAUGGAGACAUCAGGACGCUGGAGAUCCUGCUGGAUAUAGUGAAGUUUAUGCACCCGAGCUUCGGUUUCCGCUGGGUCCUAAAGGACCUGAAGGGAACUCUGGCGCAGGAGCUGGAUUUUGAGAACGAGGGCAGGAACUCUGAGCGCUGUGCCCAGGAACUAAAGCAUUUCAAAUUCAUUGUCAUACCAAAAGUGUUCUGGGAGCUGACCAGCAAGCGCGUCCUCACGGCCGAGUUCUGCCAUGGAUGCAAGAUCAACAACAGCGAGGAGAUCAGGAGGCAGGGCCUGAGUUUAAAAGACACUGCAGAGAAACUGAUCAAGACUUUCGCCGAACAGAUAUUUUACACCGGAUUUAUACACGCAGACCCACAUCCAGGAAACGUGUUAGUAAGAAGAGGUCCUGAUAAAAAAGCUGAACUUGUUCUCUUAGAUCAUGGACUGUAUGAACACCUCAGCAAAAGAGACCGAGAAGCUCUGUGCCAGCUGUGGCGCUCCAUCAUCCUCCGAGACGAAGCCGCCAUGAAGAAAUCCUCCAAUGACCUCGGGGUCAAAGACUACUUCCUGUUCUGUGAGAUGCUCCUCCAGCGUCCCAUCAACAUGCGCGAGUUGGGUCUGGGGAACAUCCUGAGCCGCGAGGAGACGUCCUACAUGCGCACCAUGGCCGCUCAGCGCUUCGACAGCAUCAUGGAGGUGCUGAAAGCUCUGCCUCGACCCAUGCUGCUCAUCUUCCGCAACAUCAACACCGUGCGCAGCAUCAACGUAGCGCUGGGAGCUCCAGUAGAUCGCUACGCCCUCAUGGCCAAGAGUGCUGUGCGAGGUUGGGGUAAAGCCAGAGCAGACGAGUCGAGGCUCCUGCCCCGGGCCACUCUGUUGCGCUGGAUGUGGAGUUUCUGGGAAGAUGUGAAGUUUGAAUUUGCUUUAAGGUCAGAGAUGAUGAUGAUGAGUUUCACUCGUGGUUUGCUGCAGCUUCUGUCCUACUGUGGUUUCAUCUCCCUCAAUCAGGAGAUGUAUCAGUACCUCAAAUAGCCAAAGACUUUAUUUACUUCUUGUGGAGCUUUUUUUUUAUUUAUUUUUUUUUAUAAAGUUUCACUUCCUGUCUCCAGUUUUUCACAUUAACUUUACUUAAUCUAGUAGUUUAAUGAAUGAAGCCCAGUGCAGCACUGCAGGAGUUAUUAUAAUACUGGAGAAACCAUGAUGUGGUGCUCAAUCACAAUAUCUAUCUAAUGAAGAAUAAUAAUAAGCUAUAAUUGUUUCUUUA